CCGACCGCUUAUCGCGCCGUUGUGUUGCGCUUUGUUUUGCUGCACAGUUUCUUUCUUUGAAGACAAUUGCGGUACCUUCACGUACGGGAAUGGUUGAACUUAUUUCUCAGCCAUGUUUAGAAAACACGAGGCAAAGAGGUGAUUGAUAAGAUUAUUGAGCAGAGAAAAAAAAUGUAAAUCGGGGAAUUGGAGAGCUUGAUUUGUUGGCAUGCGAAAACUGAUAGUAAUAGGGUUGCCUUUUGGUCGUUCUCCACAACCUCAGCUUUUCUUGGAGGAAAAAUAACGUAUUGGAUUCUCUACAGGCUGUCAAAUGAUAGUUUAUAAAAAGCAUAGGAGGAAAGUUGACCCGGUCAAGCAAAUCUUGGCUCGAAUCGACGAAAAACAGAGCAAGACUGGAUUAUCAUUAUACUCAAGAACUGAUGUGCAUGAACCAGCUAAAGAAGAUGUUCUACCCCUGGUACAUCCUUUGAGUGAGGCAACCUCUGUGUCAAGCAAGAACUCUUCAUUUUUCCCUGACCUGUCAGCUGCCCGCCAGAAGGCCCACAGAAGAUUAAAUGCAGGCUUGCAACAUGCAGUGGAUGGUAAUGAUCAGAAGGCUGUGCAGUACAUGCAGGCCAAGGCAGACAGACAAUUAAACCUGACAUUUCCUCCUGCCAAGUCACAAGGAAUAACAGCUGCUGUGAAUCAAGACAGAUUGGGUUAUUCAUUUAGUGGCUGGUCUGGUAGUCCUUCAGCAGGGGUGGAAAAUCUUCGUUACAAUUCUCGCACAAGUUUGAAUCCCUUUGGAUACAACAGACGAACUUUGGCAUUUCAACCAACUUCACUAAACUAUGUUGUGGAAUGGCCUGAAACUUGGCCUUUGAAGAUCAUGAGUCUUGGCAAAGGAACUGGACCAGCAUACAGACGAAAGACAAAACCCAAGCCUAAAGCUCGUCACAGAGUGCACUUUGAAACCUCUCCAGUCCCAUGUACUUCAAGAAUAACUUCAAACAAAGUAUCUACUGAAAAUCUAGAUGAUACCUUACAAGAUCAGACUAAACUGGUUUUACCUGAUAUACAGAGUCCUUCACCAAGUGUAACAACAGGCUCAACUCUGCAAGGACCUCAUGUUGCAGAAUGUUUCAUCCAUAACAAUCAUGCUGAGGAUUUAUCUCAAGGAAGGGAACAUUCAUAUGGUGAUGCUGACAGAACCAUGCUCAGUGUGGGAGAAGGACAUAAUUCAGAUAUUUUAAGAAUGUACCCAGACUCAAGCUCCAUAUCUGAAGAUGUUUUUGCCAGUGUGAUGCAGGGCAAGACAGCCGAAGAACCAGAUGAUGCAGAGAGGCAGCAAGCUGACAGUGUUCCCCCAUGUACCCCGACUCCUGUCAAAGAUGAGAUAUUGGAUGAUGCAGCAGAGAGUGUUGUGGAUUCACAAGGGGGUAAAGGCAAAGUGAGUAACGAACAAUCACAAGAUCGGUUGUUGAACUUCGUGACAGAGAUAGGUACAGAGAAACCUGCAGUGGAUUACAUGCAAGACAUUUGACAAUUGCAGCUACGCGACCUUAGAGAGGCAUGCUUGGAAUACAUCCGCUGGCCAGAGACAAAGCAGGCACCUUGUAUGAGAAGUCAGUGAGAGCUCCAAUAACGCUUAACUUUAAACUUUUUUUUUAAUUAGUCUCGUGUUUAGAACAAGUUCACGUCCUUAGUUUCAUUUGGAGAAAAACAGUACAUUUAAUUUAAAGUGUAGGUUUCUAAAGGAACUGCGGUACUGCAUGCACAGGAGGUAUUAGAAUUCUCUUGUUACAAGAUAAUUUAGUUUUAUCAACUGAGUUGAUGAUGUUAAUUGAGUUUGUAGAGCUGACGGUUUGAGCUGUAGCCCUUCGUUUGAGCUUCAGAAACUCUUUACGGUCGCCGAUUUAAAUUAAAUCGACUCAGUUGAUAAAACCAAAAUUAAUGAUCUUGAGGUACAUUUUUUUUUUGUUAGCUUGGUCGUAUAACUGUGCCUUUACAAUUGCAAAGCAAUUCUGAAAACUAGAGAGGGUUAUCAAAUGUUGAUUUACAAAAGGUGACUUACGGCUUUUGCUGAUCAAAACUUACAGAUAUACUAUUCCAAAACAAUAUCAUGUAUGAAUUAAUUUUAUGAAUUCCACAAGAGUGCUUUAAAAGAUAUUACUGCGUUUCAGUAUAAGCUAUACCACAAGAGUGUUUUUAUAGGAGAUUAUAUAUAUAGAUAUAGAUAUAUAUAUAUAUGUAAACAUAGAGAAGAGCAUAUUCAGCUAUAUUUUACCUUUUUUUUCGUGAAGACAAAUUCAUAUGUACGUCUCAUGAGAUGGCUGUGGCUAUGGUGAUUAACACGCCACUACAUGUUUUCGAUAAUAGCAACGGCAAACGGCAAAAUCUCCACUUUCCUCGUCCUUCCUCUAAAGCUUUUUUUUUUUGUAUCUGACUUUUAAAGAAACUAGAAAAAUUGUAACAGAUGCAAGAAGUUUCACUCAAGUGUACAAAUUACCUACUGCUGAAAGCAGACCGUAUAAACAAUCAAUGGUUACGGCGAAGGCAAACGUUAAACUGAAUAAAGGCUGAUAGUUUCGAAAGAAACUGUUUGGGGCUGCGUCGGUGGGAGUAACGAAAUAAUUUGG